GGCAACCAUGACAUGGCCAGAGAGCUGUAUCAAAGCCUGCUGACUGAAGUGGCUUCAGAACACUUCUACUUCUGGCUGAACAGCUUGAAGGAGUUCUCCCAUGCAGAACAGUGUCUGACAGGUUUGCAGGAGGACAACUACAGCUCAGCCCUUUCUUGCAUUGCUGAAGCUUUAAAAUCCUAUCACAAAGGAAUAGCGUCGCUGACGGCUGCUAGUACGCCACUUAAUCCUCUGAGCUUUCAGUGUGGAUUUGUGAAACUCAGGAUUGACCUUCUGCAAGCUUUUUCUCAACUUAUUUGUACCUGCAACAGCCUGAAAACAAGUCCACCACCAGCUAUUGCCACAACGAUUGCUAUGACGUCAGGAAAUGAUCUCCAGAGGUGUGGGCGCAUCUCUAACCAGAUGAAACACUCAAUGGAGGAAUUCCGAAACCUGGCUACACGUUAUGGAGAUCUGUAUCAGUCAUCUUUUGAUGCAGACUCAGCAACUCUGAGGAAUGUAGAACUACAACAGCAGAGUUGCCUGUUGAUUUCACAUGCGAUAGAAGCUCUGAUUUUGGAUCCAGAAUCUGCAAGUUUCCAGGAAUAUAGCUCAAGUGGAACAGCACAUGUUGAGAGUGAAUAUGAAAGAAGAAUGAUGUCAGUAUUUAGUUAUGUACUGGAAGAAGUGGAAUCCCUCAACAGGAAGUAUGCUCCUGUGUCUUACUUGCAUACAGCUUGUCUGUGCGAUGCUGUCAUUGCACUGUUGAAGGUACCCCUUUCAUUUCAAAGGUACUUUUUUCAAAAGCUGCAGUCUACAAGUAUUAAGCUUGCUCUAUCUCCAUCUCCAAGGAACCCAGCAGAGCCUAUUGCAGUACAGAACAAUCAGCAAUUGGCCCUGAAGGUGGAAGGAGUGGUUCAGCAUGGAUCUAAACCAGGCCUUUUCCGUAAAAUCCAGUCGGUCUGUCUAAAUGUCUCUUCAGUGCUGCAGAGCAAAUCUGGACAAGACUAUAAGAUUCCUAUUGACAACAUGACCAAUGAAAUGGAGCAGAGGGUGGAACCACACAACGACUACUUCAGCACUCAGUUUCUGUUAAACUUUGUGAUACUUGGCACCCACAACAUUACAGUAGAGUCCUCUGUAAUAGAUUCAAAUGGUAUUGUCUGGAAAACUGGGCCUAAAACAACUAUUUUUGUUAAAUCUCUUGAGGAUCCAUACUCCCAGCAGGUUCGUCUUCAGCAACAGCAAGGACAGCCGCCAUCACAGCAGCAACAGCAAAGAACCGCAUACUCACGGUUUUAA